AUGACAAGUUUUUCUAAGAAAGCACAAGAGUUAGCAACUCUGUGUGAUGUACAAGUUGGGAUAAUUAUUUUUAGUUCAGAGGAAAUGAUUUUAUGGCCAUCUGAACCUCAUGUUAAGCAAAUUGUCGAGAGGUAUUUUAGUUUUCCUGAGCUGGAAAGAAUGAAUAAACUCGUUAGAAAUGUAGAGCAUCAUGAAAAAAUGGUGGAGGACCAAGAAGAAAGCAUUAGAAAAAUAGAACAAAAGAAUGAGGAUAAAAAAAUGGAAUUGUUAUUCAAUGAAGUUGUUAAGGGAAAAAACAUUUAUGAACUCGAUGUUGGAGAACUUAGAGGCCUGACAAAGCUUUUUGCUCUAAAGAAGGCCCAAGUCGAAGAAAGAAAGAAACAACUCCAUGAACAUAAUCAGUCCAUAGAAGGUAGUGACAACAAUGCUCAAGAGAAGGAUGGUGGACACCCCAAAAUUUAG